AUGUUAUUCAGAUCCUUAACACCUUUAGGGUUAUUGGGUUUGACCAAGGCCAAUGCUGCUACAGUUGAGAUAUCGUCCAAUACUCUCAUAAGUACUGGUGAUACUCUCUAUACUUCAGAUUAUAUUAUUGACGAGGGAGUCUACUUAGCAAUUGACUCUGGUUACACUCACAACUUCUAUGGUGAUUUAACCGUCAAUGGGAUGCUCUACAUUAGUGACAGAAAUCACUACUCAGGGUUGACUUGUGAUUAUAUUGGAACAUCCAAUGUGCUCACAAAUAACGGGGACAUUGUUCUCAGUGAUUUAAAUGGUACAUCAGCUCCCACGUUUGACUAUUAUGGUGGUUCUUUCUACAACUACGGAAAUGUAUGGUUUGCGGGAAUCGGUAAUACCAGUGGUUCAACUUUUACUAUUCAACCUUUCAAUACAUUCGUCAACGAAGGUACAAUUACUUACUAUCAAUCAAGCUCUCGUUCAGGAGGUACCACACACUUGGGUCUUGUCGAUUCUCAUAUCACAAAUGAUGGAACUGUUUGUCUUUACCAGCAUAUUUAUUUCAGAGGUCAAAUAUAGAUGGUACUGGAUGUUACGACGUCGGUUUGAAUAGUAAUAUCUGGGUCACCAAUGCAUAUUCAAGAAAAAUUGCCGAAUCGCAGACUAUUCUUCUUAGUACAAGCACUUCAAGUUUGAGAAUUGAUCUCUACAAUCCAUCCUUUUCAUAUACGGUUGCUGGAUGGGGUAAUGGAAAUACUAUUGGAUUCAGUGGUGUCAUUUCAUCCUUCACUUAUGACGAUGAUACAUUGACCAUUAAAUCAGGUGGAUUUACCUACACCAUUGUAAUUGGUACAGGCUAUGAUCAAUCUAAAAUGGCAAUUGGAACAGCCAACUUUGGAUUAGGUGCUGGGGGAUAA